CGACAUCUCAAUCGAAUUGAUCGUUGCUUUGUGUGUACAAUUGCGCACAAUUAAUUCCAUCAUCAGAAUGCCUAAAAUAUUUGGCAUUAUUUUUUUUGGUUCGUUUUUGUUUUUGAUACGACUAACAUCAGCAAGUGAUAAUAAUGUAAAAACAAAAUAUUCCUGGAAAGAAAAAUACUUGGACAAUGUUCCGGUUGAUCAUUUCAAUUACGUGACAGAUGCAACUUUUUCAUUGCGUUAUUUGAUUAAUGAUGAAUACUCGAAGAAUGAUAACACAACUCCGAUACUAUUUUAUUGUGGCAACGAGGGUGACAUUGAACUCUUUGCCCAAAACACUGGUUUCAUAUGGGAGAACGCACAACAGCUGAGCGCUCUGAUAAUCUUUGCCGAACAUCGUUACUAUGGAAAGUCAUUGCCAUUCAAAAAUGCCUCCUUUGAUAGUCCACAGCAUUUUGGUUUUCUAACAGCUGAGCAGGCUCUAGCCGAUUAUGCUCAGGUUUUAGAUGUGAUAACAGGUGGAGAAAAUGAUAGACCUGUGAUUGCUAUUGGUGGAUCAUAUGGAGGUAUGUUGGCAGCUUGGUUCCGCAUGAAGUAUCCACAUUCUGUGACAGGUGCGCUAGCUGCAUCAGCACCCAUUUGGCAAUUUAAAGACCUAACACCAUGUGAUAUCUUUACAAAGAUUGUCACUUCAGUUUUUAAAACAUCACUCAAUUCAAACUGCAGCGAAAAUAUUAAGAAAUCUUGGAAUGUACUCAAAAAUUUUGCUGCGAAUGACACCGGACGGGCAUAUCUUAAUACGAGAUUUAAGUUCUGCAAGGGGGAAGAGAUCACCAAGCCGGAUGACGUUGAUGCAUUUUUUGACUAUUUAGAAGAUGUUUACGGUAACCUGGCCAUGGCCAACUACCCAUAUGCCAACGAAUUUCUAGCUCCACUUCCUGCGUAUCCUGUUCGUCAAUUUUGUUUCUACCUAUCUCAGGCGUAUGACAAAGAUAGCGAACUAUUAGAUGCACUUGAAAGCGCACUAAGUGUUUACUAUAACUUCAACGGAGCAUCCAAGUGUUUAGAUUACAAAUCUGCUUAUGCCCCAUCAUUGGGUGGCUCGGCUUGGGAUAUUCAAACAUGCAACGAAAUGGUUAUGCCAAUGUGUUCCAAGGACGAUGGUAAUAUGUUCAGGAAAAAGGAUUGGGAUUUCAAGGCGUACUCAGAUAAAUGUUUUAAGAAAUUCAAAAUUCGUCCCAGAGAAGAUGAGAUUUUGAUUCGGUUUGGUGGAAGGCAUAUUGAAUCAUAUGGAAACAUAAUUUUCAGCAACGGACUUCUUGAUCCAUGGAGUGGUGGUGGUGUAUUGAAGACAUCGAAUAGUGGCAUAACAAUUAUAAUUAUACCAGAAGGAGCUCAUCAUUUGGAUUUGAGAGGAUCUAUGCCUGAGGAUCCAUUAUCGGUUAUCGAGGCAAGAAAACGAGAAGUAAGAAUUAUUAAAUCAUGGAUAGCAGACUUUUACAUGGCGAAACUAAAACAAAGAAGAAGAUUGUAAAUUUUU